UCCACACCCUUGAGAGAUCUCCUCAUCGCAAAAACCUAAAUCUCUUUCGUUCCCCCAAAAAAACCAGAAUAAUCAAGAUGGCACCAAAGGCAGGAAAGAAGCCAGCAGAGAAGAAACCCGCCGCCGCCGAGAAGCCAGCGGAGGAGGUGGCCGAGAAAGCCCCGGCGGAGAAGAAGCCCAAGGCCGGGAAGAAGCUGCCGAAGGAGGCCGGGGCCAUCGACAAGAAGAAGAAGCGGAACAAGAAGAGCAUCGAGACGUACAAGAUCUACAUCUUUAAGGUGCUGAAGCAGGUCCACCCGGACAUCGGGAUCUCGAGCAAGGCCAUGGGGAUCAUGAACAGCUUCAUCAACGACAUCUUCGAGAAGCUUGCCCAGGAGGCGUCGAAGCUCGCUAGGUACAACAAGAAGCCCACGAUUACUUCGAGGGAGAUCCAGACUGCUGUUAGGCUUGUUCUUCCUGGUGAGCUCGCUAAGCACGCUGUAUCUGAAGGGACUAAGGCUGUGACUAAGUUUACUAGCUCUUGAGUUCUAGGGUUCUAGAUCUGGUCCCUUUUUGUUUUAUGCUUAUCUAGUGUUAAUGAUCUGGUUUGUAAUUGUGGAAGAAAAUAUGUUAUGGUUUAACGAAUCUCAUCCCUUUGUUCAAUAAUUUGUUGAAAACUA